UAUAUAAAUGUUUAUAAUUAUAUAAAUAUUUAAAACUAAAAGAUAUGAUCGCGCAUAGUUUGAAACAAUGUUAAAAACAUAUGAAAUACUUAUUGAGCAAUUAUUAAAAAAUAAACAAUGAAUAUAUUUGGCGAAAGCAAAAGUAUCAUUUUCUUGCAAAAUGUACAGAAUAUUUAUUCUUUAUAAAGUAUGCCACAUGACAAAAGAAAUGCCACGAUGUAAACUCUAAAAAGAAAUUUGCAAUCAGCAAUUUUUUAUUGAAAUCAGGAGCUUUAAAUUAACAGCAUGUUUUUAAAUGAUGUCAGUAUAUUAAUGAAUAUUGAAAGUGCGACGAGGAAAUCAAGUAUUUAAAAAUAUUAAAUUUAUCAUGAUUGGGUUGAUUGAAUUGUUAACGAUUACUUCUGCAUUACGAGUAAUUGUCGCAGAAGAAUUAUCCAGAAUAGACGACGUCCAAGCUUGCACAGAAUUUUGUUUUACUUAUGGUAACAUAGGAAACUUUAAAGAUGGAAAUUGUGUGUGCGAAAAUUUGGAUAAUACAGAUGCAAAAAAUGCAAUCCGUGGAAAUAGAGAAACAGAAUGCGUUGAUCCAACUUCAGAUUCCAAUGAACUUACUAAUGAAGACCGAGCAAUUCGCUGCGCGUUAAGAUCAAGGAAACAAAUGAGACAUCAUGAUGCUGAUCGUGUAGUCACAUACUUUGUUAAUGGUGGACCAGCAAAUGGCCAUGCGUAUUUUGUUCAAGCAGCUAAUCAAAAUAUGAAUCUGGAAAAAGAAUGUAAUAGUGACAAAUAUCCAUCGACAAAUUCAUAUCUUAAUUUAGAUGAAUCUAACAAUCAAACUCCCGAUGAGCAGCCAUCGACAACAAAUAUUCAGACAAAGCGGAGCUACAGGAAUGAUGUUCCAUAUAAUCAAUACAAUCCUGUAUAUUUCCUACCAAACAAGAUGCCUAUUGCACCUGUCGUAACGAGUCCAUAUGGAUAUGUUAUGGCUACUCCAUAUAAUACUGUAAUAGAACCAAAAAAUAAUAUGUUAAGAUAUCGUGCAUCUUCGCGAAAUAAUUUGGUAAAUGGAAAAUUAUCGCCAAGAACUCGAUCGCGUACAAAUAUUCUAAGACGUGUCUCCGAUGCGUUACAUGAAGUAGUUCAAGAGCCUGUAAACGAUAAUUUAUUAGGUAGUUUUCUCAACAAUCUUAUAUAUCAAGAUCGUGCUGAAUAUUCUUCUAAUUAUAAUAAUAACAAAAAUGUUGUUAAUGGAAAUAAUAUUGAAAAUGAGACUAAACAAGUCAAUUCUAUUGUUGGUUCUACCAGCAAAGACGAUAAAACACCUAUAACAAAUUCAAAAACUGCUUUACAAGAAAAUAUUCAAAGAACAAGUACAUCUCCUACAAAUUUCCAAAAUAUUCCAUAUAAUGAACAAUGGCCAAUUUAUGCUUCGCAAUAUUUGAUCGGAUCACCAAUGAAUGGUUUCUAUGAUACCAUGCCUAGAGCUUUUAUUCUUCAACCUGUAAAUAUAAUACCGCAAGGAAUGCAUUCUAUGGCACAAUCAGAAGUAAUUAACUCAUCGCAACCACAGGAGUCUGAAAACUGUGACAAUAAUAAUUUGAUGAAUACCGAUGAAUCUAUCAGUACUUCCAACUGUUCAAUUAAAAGUCCAGAUUCUAAUGUUGCAACUAUAGAAAAUACAAAAUAUUCUUCUAUCACAAAAUAGCUACUUUCUAACGGAGAAUAAUUUCAUGAUAAGUAAGAUAAGAUAAAUAAUAAAUUUACAAAAA